AUGGAAGUUUUUCCUGAAUCAGUUGUCUUGAAAAUCUUUUCGUAUCUAUCAACCGGGGAACUGGUUCGUGUCUCCAGAGUGAAUUCUGAGUGGCAAAGAAUAGCGCACGAUUGGCAGUUAUGGAGAGUUGUGAACUUGGCAAAAUAUAGCAAAAAUAUAGACGAUUUAACCCUUCGCAAAUUGGUCAGAAGUAGUUUCAAGGCCAAACUGAAGUAUCUUGAUUUAACGAGGUUCAAUAUAUCGACUGGAACGUUGCAUUUGAUAAAGAUAACUUCUUCUGCGAUAGAAACACUUAUAUUAAAAUAUGCGACAUUCUGCGAAAGCCAGAAAAACUUUCCAGAAAUCAGCUAUUUUCCUCACAAUUUAAAGGCACUAAAUAUUGCACAGAGCACUGGGCCCACAACCGUCUACCGAAACAUUAUAGAAAGUCUUGGAAAAGACACGCUGGAGAGCUUGGUUAUCGGAGACGAGUUCCUGGAAUUAUUCACAGAAAAUAAACUUAACUUUCUCAACUUUUUUCAAAGACAACGGUUGACGCUUGAAGCUCUAGAAUUUAGCUUUUGCAAAGAACUGACGGAUGAUUGGCUGAAACAGAUUUUAAUCUGUUGCAAGAAUUUAAGAUUUCUUUGCGUUCGUCGUUGUCGUAGAGUUGAAGGAGAAUUCUUGAGGUUUAUUCUUGACAUCUGUCCAUUCUUGCGGACGCUGAUUUGCGAUGGAAUCAAAAUUAGCGAUGAAAAUUUUAAGGUUCCUGAUUGGAGCCGAUGUAUGUUGGUAGAACUUGACCUCUCCCGCUGUCGAUGUGUCACUGAAGAUGGCUUACUAUCCAUGCUUCCCAAGCUAAAGUUUCUGCGAUAUUUAAGUGUCAGCUGCUGCGGUUAUGGGCAUGCGCUGACCGACAAAGUACUAAAAGCAAUGGCGGGGAAAUCUUGGAAGUUUUUAGAGACACUUGAUGUAAGCUUUAGUUGUGAGAUAACGUGUAGACCGCUGGAAGCUUUCGUGGAGAAAUGCCCUAAUCUUUCAAAGAUUUCAAAAACAAAUUGUCCCAAACUAUGGAUUGAAGUAAUCCCACCAGAUUAA